AUGAAAUUUAUCACAGCCCUCCUCGUCUGCGCCCUUGUGGCCGUCGCCGUGGCGGAAAAUAGCUACCACGGAAAUGGACAACCUGGAUGCCGCUCACAGGCUGAGGUGGACGCCGGCUGGUGGAGGCACAACUGGGAUCCCACGUCGUACUGGUGGUGUUCGACCGUCGGCCAGGCCGCUGUUCGCGUCCAGUGCACCGCGGAUCCCAACGAUUCAUCGAUUACCAGGGGCUGGCAGAACCAGGAAGUCGGCUGCGUGCCAUGGUCGCAGUGGGUCUGGACCCCACCAGUCGCCCCACCAUCCGAACCAUAAAUCAUCCCGGCCAGAAUCCACCUGAUGUGCCUCUUCAUGCCCACAUGUUAUCAAAAAUAAAUAUUUCGUUUUG